CUGCAAAGUUGCCCGGGGGUAGAUGCCAUGGAUGACGCACCAGUGAGUGUGAGUGAGCCUCAGUUGAAAGGCUUGAGACGUAAAUGGCAGAGGACGGCAGAAUCUUCUUCAGUGGAUGUGGACGCAAGUCAGACUGCAUGUGAUGAAAACUUUUUUGUUGAAUCUCAUGGCUGUGACUUUUCUACUCCCGUUUGUGACACUGCUCAUGUAGACAUACCUGCGAUUACAGCCCCAGCUCCGAUUGUACCUGGUUUCAGUGGCUCUGGCUACGACCUCAGUUUCAAUGCAGCUGUUUCGGAGUAUGAACCUUCUUCAGCAUGUGCAAGUGAGUUACCAUGCAUGCCAGAUGUGGGAGGCCGCAGUUCCUUCGUUGACGAUUGUGCUGCAGUGUCAGAUUUGUACAUUCGUGGUGCUAGGGUUACAGGUGUCACCAUGCCAUGGGAAACCCCAUUGAUGAAGCAAAUUUUUGGAGACCUUGGACCUAGUGUAUCACUUUCCAUGCCUUUAGACUGGGGUUCAUCUGACUUACCAUCUUCUGGAGUCCGUGCUGGCGACGUUGAGCAGCCUUUGAUUCCCUCGCAGUGCAGGUGGUCUUGCGCUCAGUAUGUGAUUCACAAGACUGAUGAGACUUACUUACAGCAGAAGGAUAGGACAAUGAAUUCUGCGUUGGCAAAGUGGAAAUUUUUGGUUUUGCUGGACCCUGCCUGCUCCGAAGUUGGCAGACAGAUUGAACAUGCAGAUGACGACCAGGCGGCACUGGUCCUUUCCUCAGUGAUGGGUGUGAAAUCACCGAAUACAGUGCUGAAGCGGGCAGGUGCACUGAUGAUGUAUUAUCGAUGGAAUGCAGUGCAUGGUAGCUGUCCAAUGCUGCCUUUUGCAGAGCAUGACAUUUGGUGCUACGUCAUGCAGCAGUCAGCGACCACGAGCUCUGCGUCCCGGUCUCAUUCACUGGUACAGUCGUUGAGGUUUGCACAUUAUGUCAUGGGUUUUGAUGGUGCUCUGGCUUGUGCAAAUUCACGGCGUGUGUUGGGACAGUCACAGCUGCAGAUGGCCGUGAAGGAACCGACACGUCAAGCCAGGCCAUUGACUGUCUUGGAGGUCAAGAGGCUUCACAGUAUAGCAGAUGGGCAUGAAGAUUCAGCAGUUGACAAGUGCAUUGCAUCUGGUUUGCUUUUACUGCUGUAUGGACGUUGCAGAGUUUCUGAUGCCAAUUACAUCCAUGAGGUGCUGCACGACGUUUCAGGAGAGACAGGCUUUUUGGAGGUCACGACACGCUUCCACAAGUCUGCAAGGACUGCUCAGCAGAAAGCACUGUUGCUCCCGAUCUUGAUGUCCAGUGCAGGCGUGGUGGACUUCCCUUGGGUGCACUCAUGGAUUGCGAACCGGAAAGCCUGUGGCCUAGCAACCUCUGGGCUGAUACAGGGAGCUCUUUUGCCAGCGCCCAUUUUGGGCGACCAUGUCAGCUGGAUGAAGCGCCCUCUGUCACCAGGAGAGGUGACAAGUAUCCUGAAAGGAUUCCUUGGCUGCGACGACGCUUUGUUGUCUAGCCACAGUCUCAAAGCCACGACGUUGAGCUGGGCGUCAAAAGCAGAGGUUCCUCGGGAGCAGAGACGCAUUUUGGGGCGUCACUCUUCGGCAAUUCAGUGCGCGGACUCAUUCUACAGCCGUGACAUGAGUGUUGGUCCUGUGAACUCGCUGCAGAAGGUCAUUAGGUUGAUCAAGGACGGGACAUUUUGUCCUGAUGCCACACGGGCCAACUAUUUCCCAAACAGUGCAGCAGGUCAGUCCGUAGGGACACCAGCCCAUGUGGUGAUGCAACCGUUCACCCCUGCCUUUGUGGAACGAGGACAGCCUGGAACACCUGUGACGAUGACCCCGCUGACAGCAGGUGGCAGGGGCAAGCAGCUUGACGAGAGCCAAUCUGCAACUGCCGUGCAAGAGGUCAAAUCGGAGUCCAGCUGGACUUUGUUGCCGCAAGGCAAGAAUGCAGAAGUCAUUGAACUGUCGUCAGACUCAGAUUGCGACAGUUCUGAGAGUGCUAGCGUUGCAAACACGACAGACCAGGAUGAAGCGAUUGAUCUUGAUCCUGAAGGCAGCGAUCUUGAGACACCUGCAGUGGAAACGGUGCCUUCGUUUGACGAGGUUGUGGCACGCAAUGACAAGACUAAGAUUGUCCACGAGUGCAGGGACAAGGUGAUGUUUGCGAUCGACACGCAGCAAAUCUUCCAGGAGGUAAUGAAAGGGACCUUGACAAAAUGUGGCAGGGUCAUCAAUGAGAGCUACAAGCUCGUCAACGUAAGCUUCGACUGGACUGCUAAGUGCAGAGUUUGCUUCAAAGGACGCAGGGCACCAUAAAACAGUUUCAAUGCAUGACCGUUUCAUUCACUUGCUUUUCACGACUGCGUUGCAAUGUGCACCAAGAGACAAAA